AAUAGAAACCAUUACAAUUCAAAUUACGACUCUGACCGAAAUUUCAAUCGAAGGCCAUACCAAAAUUGGAAUUCUUCUUCGAAUCCAAAUAAUUUCAGUAAUCGUGUGUGGCAACGUAACUAUAACUCAAAUCAUUCAUAUAAUCGAUAUGGAAAUUCAAAUUAUCAAAACUUUAAUAAUUUCCAAAGAGAUGGCGGAAACAAUUAUCCCAAUAAUCACUCACGGCAGCAAUCUGAAACUUUUAGAAACUUUCAAUCACCAAAUGUUGAAUCGGUGCAAAAUAACAUAGGCAAUUUUUUGGAUAAUUCCGAAAAUCAAAACUUUUGUGCGGAUAAUAGUGCUGGAGAUAUUCCGGUGCAAGAAAGCAAUCCACCUGAUACAGAACCUACUACAAUUCAAAAUCAAGAAGUUGCAUUUAAUCAACUUGAUGAAUACUUACCAAAUCAAGUUGACGAAAAUCAACAACUAAACAACGACACUUUUCCGCUGGAACAAUUAACAGAACAAAACCAAGAACAAGUUUCAUUUACCAUUGAAGAAAUUAAUGAAGAUUUUCAACCUAUCCAACAAAUACACGAAAAUAUUCAAGAAGAAUUGUCAACAAAUCAAAAUAUUCCUUCAGAGCAAUUUGAACAAUUAAACCAGUACAACAGUCCAAACCAAAGCACAAACGAUCUACUUGCCAAUAUAAAAACCGAACUUCCAGAACCAGAAUUUAAUUUAGACAACUGCCUUAAUAGUAACAAUCCUUCUCCUCUAAUUUCUGUUAUUCCGAUUUCCCGCUUAAUCAAAAGCGAAAUUCAAGACUUGAAUAGAAAUGAUAUAAUUGCUCCAACCACUCCCACUGGAAGUAGACGUUCCUUAAGACCGAAUUUAGUACAACGGAAAAAAAGCAUCUCCAAAGACGGCAGUUUGAGUGAAAAUCUUGUUCAACGUGUUGCUAAUAUGGACAAAGUUGGUAUUAAAAAUGUUAUCAAUAGUUCUGGUACAAAAUACGAUGCAGCAUUAAAAAUUCAAGCACGCAAAAAGCUUCGCGAAGAAAUCCGAAAGCAAUUAAAGUCGAUGAAUUUUACUCCACCGGAAGAUAAUGAAAAUAAUGUUCUUAUUCCGGAUGAAAUUGUUGAUUCGAUGAGCAUUCCUGCAGUAGUAUUGGAUGAAAUUAGAAAAGCUUUCGGUAUAGUUUUAGUUGAAGAUAAAAAUUCAAAAAUGCCUGCAGAUAUUGCUGAAAAAGUCGAAGAUAGCCCUCCUCCAAAACCGGCUGUGGAACCUCUCAUACAGCUAACUGAAACAACCGAAAGAUCUACAAAAUCUCCUUCUCCCAAAGUUACUCCUGAACCUAUCAUACAUUCAAGCGAAAGAUCACCGAAAUCUCCCGACCUUAUGAGUAGAAUCAAAAUGUUAGAAGAAUGCAAAUCUCAAUCCGAAAAAUCAACUCCUAAAAUUAAAGUAGAACCACCAAGACGAAGCCGGUCUACAGAACCGAUUCUUAUAAUUGAUUCAUCAUCAAGCUCAUCCAGCUCCGAAUCUAGCAGUGAUUCGGAUACAAGUUCAACUUCUAGCGGAAGUAAUUGCAGUAAUUCUUCAUCCUUCAAACGUCGACGAAGAAAGAAACGAAUACUUGAAGCAAAUGUGGUGGGAAAUUUUGAAAAACUCAUCCUGCCAAAUCUUACUCCCGCCCAACGUCGUCGGUACAAAGAGAAAUACUCCAAAACUACAAAAAAUUCUUUACUGUAUAUCUAUGGAGUUUGUGUUAGCAGAGCGAAUAGCAAUAAAAAUCCUGCUGAUGAAAAAGAACAACUCAAAUUGAAGCAAAAUUUAAGCUCUGCUGACAAUGCUCAAGCUUUAGAAUUCCUAAUGAAAGCCAUACUUAAUCUCUUUGAAAAGCAAAAAGAAACGCUAAAGAAAAACAAAGUGAAUAAAACUUUGGCAACGCAAUCGCAAAUCAAAAGUCCCAAUCUUGUUAGUGAUAUGAGAAAAAAAUCAAAUCAGAGAUAUUCUGAUGUUGACAAAGAAUCGCGAAGGAGGCGAAGUGAAAGUGCCAACUCGGUAGAAUUAUCGAAACAUCAAAGUACUGAUAAAUUGGAUAAGAAGCAGGAAAGUCCUAAAAGUGCGAAUGCAUCAAAAAGGGUGUCGUUUUCGGAUGAUGGGACACCUGUUGUAUUGGAAAUAGAAUCAGAUUCUGAAACAACGGGUGGUGAAAAUCCACCCUCAAGGCAAUGGAAGUCUCCAGGCGAGAAAAAGUGCAUUGAAAUUGAACCGAAUAUGCAAUUGAGUAGUCUGGGAACUUUGAAAUCACCCUUAGAAUUGGAAACAGCGCUGAGUACACUUGGAAUGAUGCAAUCUCCAUUAGCAAACUAUUCAUUUGAUAUAGAUUCUUUGAAGUCGCAAAGUAAAAUUGGAGAUGAAGCUGUAAGUAGUAUUCGUGAAAUUGAUGUUAAACUAAUGGAACUUCAUAAACGAAAAAUGUACAUCGAAGAAAUGAUUCUCAAAUUGCAAAAAGACAAGAUGGAGGUUGACUUGUGGACGAUGAAAUUACAAAAUGAAAAGUUUAUACUGCUGAAUUCAGCUUUGACGUGUGCUUCGAGUAGUUCGGGUUCACCGAAAGCAGUUUCGGUAACAAAACGGAACUUAACAGAAGUUUUAGUUGAAGAUGAUGUUCAAGCUCGAAAAAAGCGUUGUCAGAGAGAUAUUCAAGAAAUUCCAGCCGAAGCUACUAGUGCAAUCAAAGAGAUUAUAUCCAAAAUGAUAUUAAAGCCUAGGCAGACAAAACAACAAACAAGACGAACUAUAAGUAGUUCGAAGGAUGAAGAAAGUUCAGAAGAAAAGCCAAGACCGACAAAACAAACAAAGCAAACAAGAAAAACUACAAAUAUAUCCAAGGAUGAAGAAAGUUCAGAAGAAACAUUAACUCCUAGCAAACGAAGAAGUUCUAGAAUAUCAAAAGCUCAAGAUAAAAGCGAUAAAAUAUCAUCUAAGAAACAAUCUAAACCACAGCUGGAAGUACAACCAACUAAAGUUAUCGAAAAAGAACAAAAACAAAAAGAGAAAGAAAAAGAAGUAAUAGAAGAAGAAGAUGAAGAUGUUAAGACUGUAGAAGUUCCAAAAAUCGAUUAUUCAAAUGUUGCAAAUGGUAAUCUUGAAGGAUGGAAACUUCCAAUUACACAAAUAAUAGUUAUUGGUGAAGCAAUAGUUGCAGCUUCAGAAGAUGGAAAUAUAUAUAAGUUUAAUAUAAGAACGCGAGUGUUGGAGUCGAAAUUUUCGAAACACACCGAAGCCAUAACACAAAUUUUUACCUGUCCAAAGGAGAAUUUUGUAUACACAACAUCACUAGAUGGAUUUUUGAAGAAGACUUCAAUUGAGAAUUUCGGUUUAGAACUUCAAUCGCUUAAUCUUCAAGAACCUUUACAAUCUAUUGAUAUCGAAUGGAAUACAGCAUUUAUUGGCAGUCGUUGGGGAAAUAUUUUUACCUACGAUAUAAAGAACAACAGCUUAUCUGAAUCGCUUCUUUGUUCGUCAGGAAGCUCUAUAAUUGCAAUAAGAGCUACUAAAGAAGGUCCUCGCAAAAUACUAAUCGUCUCCUCGAAAGGAAACCAAAUUAAUUUUCGAGAUGCAAUGACCGGACUUUUGCUGAGAUCUUUAGAUGUCCCCGACAACCUUCACAUAUACAGCAUUCUUUUGGACGAUGGAUGUGUCUAUUGUGGUACUCAACGCAGUGAAAUUCAUCAAUACAAUUUUACUACUGGAGGACGUAUAGCAAUAUUUCAAUGUGGCAAUGGUGCAGUUUCUAUGAAAUUGUACAAAGAUAAAUACAUAUUUGUUGGUUGCUAUGAUGGAUUUGUCUAUGUUUUGGAUAAGACAACAGGAUGUCAAAUAGGACGGUUUCCAGGAUCUGGAAAAAUGAUUUUGGCACUCGAGAUCGCAGGCGAUAAACUUAUUACAUCGGCCAAGGACAAUACGAUGCAAAUUAUUGAUAUACCCAAGUAUAUUGCUACUAUAAAGGAUAAAAGUUAAAGCAUAUUAUUCUGCAGCCUUAAAUAUUUUUCUCGACACAUUUUUUUAUAUCUUAUUUUAUUUACCUGCAUAUACAUUAAAUUUCUUUGUUAAAAGAAUAAAAUUAAGUUCAAUAAAUUUUGUA